CUUUUUGAGUGUAGAAAGAAAAGAGCAGAGCAGAGCAGAGGCAGGCAGCAGCAGUAUUAUUUAGUGUUUGUGUGGAGGAGACAGACCGCCCUCUCCUCUCCUUUGCUUUGCUGUAUUCGCGAGGUCAUGUCAUGGUGAAUUUCCAAUGUCGCGAGCUUCCGUCACCGCCGCUUCCUCCUCCAUGCACCACCAAGAUGUUUUGUGGCAAAUGAACAUGCGAUCAAGGGAACAACAUAUGGAAUAUGGACCUUAUCCUGUUCGUGAAGGCGAACCGGAUUGUUCAUACUACAUUCGAACAGGAGUUUGCCGAUUUGGCCCUACGUGUCGAUUUAACCACCCUCCUAACAGGAAACUCGCUAUUGCCACAGCAAGGAUGAAAGGUGAAUAUCCCGAAAGGAUAGGACAGCCUGAAUGUCAGUAUUAUUUACAAACGGGGACAUGCAAGUUUGGAGCCACAUGCAAAUUUCAUCAUCCUCGAGACAAAGCUGGGAUUACUGGACGAGUUUCCUUAAAUGUUUUGGGAUAUCCACUUCGCCCGAAUGAGAUGGAAUGUGGAUAUUAUAUGAGAAAUGGACAGUGCAAAUUUGGAAGUACUUGUAAAUUCCAUCAUCCCCAGCCAUCAAAUAUGACAGCAUCUUUACGUGGUUCUGCCGUAUAUCCUCCAAUUCAGUCUCCUACAACCAGCCAGCUGUCAUAUCCAUUGAUGAGAGCUUCUUUUAUAGCCAGUCCACGGUGGCAAAGCCCUUCAAGUUAUGCACCACUUGUCAUGCAGCAGGGAGUGGUAUCUGUGCCUGGAUGGAACACAUACAUUGGUCAACUCGGUUCAGUUCUAACUUCUGAAAACCAACCUCCUUCAGCAGUAAACAUCCAAAAUGAUGGAGCAUCACAUCAGGGCGACUCUGGAAAUGUUGCAUCUGAGUAUGGUUCUGUGCCAAUGGGAUAUUAUGCAUUCCAAAAGGAUAAUGUGUUUCCUGAGAGACCAGAUCAACCUGAAUGCCAGUUUUAUAUGAAAACUGGGGACUGCAAAUUUGGUGCAGUUUGCAAGUUUCACCAUCCUAAGGAGAGACUGGUUCCUGUUCCUGACUGUCACUUGAGUCCAAUUGGACUUCCUUUACGGCCGGGGGAGCCUCUAUGUGUAUUCUACUCACGAUAUGGUAUCUGCAAGUUUGGUCCAAGUUGCAAAUUUGACCACCCCAUGAGAGCUUUUGCAUACAAUACCCCUGCCUCAUCAUCAACUGACUCCACAGCUUUUCGCCGGUUUUUGGCAUCUUCACCGGGAACAGUUCCAAUAAAUUUCUCCCCAGAUGGACUCAUCGACACAAGCUCCACAAGAAAUAGGCGGCUCUCUUUGUCAGAGACUAUACAAAAAUCCUCGGGUGACAAUAACACUGACUCAGAGUAAAAAUAUUUCUUCCAAAAGUAAUUGAGUUAUUGUCCUAUUUACUUUGGAAGAUAAAUAAAUAACAGCUUCCUGUAUAUUCAUUUCCCUGGCUGGAGAUGUACAUAAUUCAAUUCCAAGUCGAUCUGCUUUUCUCAAGAUGCAGUUCAAUUGACUAGAUUCACUACUUAAACUUGCUGCAAUGUAUAAAUUUGCAAAUGUUAUCACAUUUGUUAAAAGGCAGUGGUGGAUGUUUCCAAUUUUUUGAGAGCUGUCAUCAUGUUCAUAUAUUUCUGUCACUUUGACAGUCUUCUGAGCAUCUGUUUUUGCAGCAGGGUUUUGCCUCUCUCGGCAAUAGUCUUCCCAAAAUUAUACGGGGCCAUUCCUUGCGCUAAUAGCUAUUUCUGCUGAUUAUGGUUGAUUUUCUCUCGGCAAUAGUCUUCCCAAAAUUAUACGUGGCCAUUACUUGCGCUAAUAGCUAUUUCUGCUGAUUAUGGUUGAUUUUCUACGUGUUUAAAAUGCUUGCUAUGUCCCCUUCAUUUCAUUGUUAUAAGUGAGAAUUAUCAUAAGUUCUGAGCAUUACUUUGGUAAGAUGAGCAUAAUUAUCUCUCCACUAAUUAUUUAGAAAUCUAUUUCUACUGAUUAAUGUUAAUGUCCUAUUUGUCUCAUUGUCUGGAACUCACGCUACAUCCUUCGUGUAAUGGUUAUUAGUGGGGAUUAUCAAAAAUCGAGUAAUGUUUAUUAUCUUAUUACCAAUUUUUUGCUGUUUUAGUUUUUCUAUCAGAAGUCUAAUGUGUCUUCAUUGACCAUGCUAGUGGUCAAAUGAUUAGGUAAUUAUGAUAUGUGCUAUUAGCUGUCAGUUAUGCUAUUGGGCUAGUAAUUUUCUGUGUCAGCAAUAUGUAGGGUAUUUUAUGACUAGUAGGUUUCUGUUAAACAGUAUUGAUGUAGAAGUAAGAAAAGUGCACUGGAUCUAUAUCCAGACACGCCGAACUAAGAACCUAUUUUUGUGGUUUGUCUAAUUUAAGUAUGGUUUGUGGGUCAUAUGUUCUAUGGCAAUGGGAAGGGACUGAAGCAUGUGUUUUUAAUUCAACAUACAUUGAUUCAGGUUGUAUGUGAUUGAGUUCUAACAGAAUCUAAUCAGCCUUAAAGAUAAAACCAUAAAAAAAAAGAUACCAUUUCUCAUUUUCUGUAAGAGCCAGUCCAGGGGUAGUUGUUCCAUUAUUGAAAGCUAAAGAUCAAGUUUUGCUGUGCCAAAACAGAAUCAGAGAUCUACCUGUACUUGCUUCCACACGCUGAAGCCACAAGGAAGGACGGAGGGAGUAGUUGUUAAUUUCUCAUGAGCAGCUCAGAGAUUGCUAUACUGAUCAAUUAGGAUCUGUAAAGAAACAGCGAAGGAAAAAGUGGCGUGCUUCACUUACCCCAUGUAUCAGUAUAUUUUUCUAGAGGGGCAAAUAGCAGGUAUUCUACAAAAUUAAGAAAUAAGUUUUACCCCACAGGACGUCACCAUUUCUAAUUUUUUGAAUCACUAGAGGUGUUUGAUUGCAAUAGCCAUCUUUUUCAGGGUGUUGGCUUUCUUUACUUGUUCAGUUGGUCUUUCAUAUAUAAGUUUGAUGUGUUGAAACUUGCAUGGUAUUAUACCUGUACAAGUGUCCUUCCUGGCAUGGAAGGCUCUUUUAAUAAAAAAUGUACUUGUAGAAAGAAGAUUGUUAGACCUAGGGAAAUCUGUGUUUAAAAAGUUACAACAAAUUUUAGUUCAUAUUAGCAUAGCAGAAAGGUGGGAGUGGAGGGUACGGAUACUGCUGCAGCUCUCCUUUUUUUACAUUUGUACCAUGUGCCAUAGCUGCGAAAUGCCCAUUUGCAAACUUUUGCAUUUCUUCUUUUUGGUUUAUUGAAUACAAUUAAACCCCAACCUUUCCUCCUCCCUUAUACACAUUCAAACCAAAACUACUUUAUUUAUUAGCUAGCAAUGUGGUUAGAUGCAUGUUCAUACCCAAUGACUAUCUCUUCCCUCAACAAAAAAGAUCUACUUUCAUUUCUCCUUCCAGAUUACAGUUCAUCACUGCCAAUUUCCUGCUUCUUUAGUCGACCCUUUUAAUUCCUUUUUGAAGAACAUCACAGGCAGUAAGAAAUGCAUGCAAUUAGUAGUGGAAUUUUCUGGUGUGUGCUGAUUCUUUAAUUCAUCUCUAGUCUCCAUCAACAACUUAGAUUGUUUAUGGUAAGCUUCUCUCUCCGCCACUUCUAUUUUCUUUCAGUGUAUCAGAAGACAUUGAUUGUGAAAAGGAGGAGAUGAUAAAAAUGGCUGCAGGUGGCGGUGGAGGAUAUGGUGCCGCUGGGGAAGAAGGAGAUGAUGGUGAUGGUGAAUGAUAGCACAAGGAAUUUGGGGAGCUUUCAGAUUUGUUCACUGUGCGCUUGCUGUGGAGGUGAAAGCAGAAGCUGCUGUUUGCCAUCUCCAUGCUGCUAUGCAAUCAAUUGCAACAUUCCAAAAAGGCCCUUUGGAUCUGUUCUCUCACUCCCAAGACUUUUGCUGGCAUUGAAGCUGAACAACAACAAAAUCUCUGCUGAGAUUCCUCCAUGCAGUGGAUAAGAGUUUGAGGAUAUAGCUACAACAUAAUCUCUGGAAAGGGAUACCUUGCAAGUCGUUGAAGGUUGUCGAUUUGAGCUCUCUCAGCGAUGCUGUAUCCACAUGGUCCAAGCUUAGAUUUUGUCCAUCUCACAUAACAUGCUGAAUGGAUCCCUACCGAACUGGUUGAUCACAUUCAAAGCAAUCAAUCAAUCAAUCACAUAACAUAACUGUCUCACUGGGAUCAUCCCACAAGGCAGGACUACUGGGGGCAUUUGCAGGCAACCCGGGUCUCUGCCACAAGGAGUCAUCGUGCAAUGGGAAGGGAUAGCCUGUGAUGCUACUUCGAUAUGGGAGUGAACAGGGACCGCCUUCAGUGAGGAUUUUGCGUAACUAGUUUUGUCAGUUUCUAUACAGGUUAUAUAUUGAUCUUUGUUGUUAUGGUCGAACCAUAAAACUCUACAUAUUGCAGACCAAGAACUAGUGGUGAUUUUAUGGUGGAAAAGAUUGAUACCACCUUGUGUUUACUAUUAGUUAUUACAUAAAUUUUGUCCCACAAGAUUUUUAGUUUCUGCUA